CAAUUUUCUAAAAAAACAAUGGAAAGAAAGACUGGGUUUCAUGAAUUUUAUUGCAACCUAUUAUUAUUCUCAGGUUUCUGCUACUAUUAAGAGCUCUCAGAAAAUCUAAUAAGCUGUGCUUUUCAUAUUAUGUGAUUUUGUCUAUUCACAAUCUGUUAUAUUUCUCGGGAGUAUCAAAUCUUAGUAAUGAUUAUGCUCACACAGUUGAACAUGCCAUAUCACAUCCACUGCUUUCUUAUAUCCAAUUCUUUAUAAGUUGAUAAUGUUCUUAAUUAUACCCCAAUCAGGAUAAUAUGUCUCUGUUAAUUGACAGAAAUUGAAUAUAAGUAGACAGUUUUGUAAUGAAUGUACCUAAAUAUAGAUGAAAAACAUCCAGAAUAUUGAUAAGGUAGAGCCUCCACUUCUUUAUGCUUUCAUGUCAUGAAAUUUCCUUUUAAGGUUAUCCACACGUAGCUAGCCUCCUGACUUAUCAGAAGAUGAUGGAUACUAGAAGCCAGUGCUAUAGAUGCGGGCAACGGUUCUCAGUACCACCAAAUACUGCAACAAUUAUGUGCCCCAGUUGUAAGUUUGAAACUAAAACCCAAUCAUUUGAACGAUUGAAGAGCCAAGAUGGAGGUCAGAUUUCCUUCAGAAGUUUCAUUAAAACAGCAAGGACCAAGUUAUCUCGCAGUGGCACUGGUAGCUCAAAAUCUAACAAGUCAUUGAAUUGUAAACCCUCCACUUUGCUUUUCUCCGAAUCUUUAUCUGGCUUAAGACCAUGCAGGCAGCGUGCACUACUUAUCGGAGUGACUUAUAAGAACUCGAAGCACAAGCUCAAGGGAACUAUCAUUGAUGUGAAGGGUUUCAGAGGUUUGUUGAUGGAUACUUUUACGUUCCCGGAAGAGGGCAUUCGUGUUCUCACAGAGGAGGAGCCGGAGCCAGAUUUUGUCCCAACAAAGAAGAACAUACAGAAUUCCUUCAAAUGGCUCGUGGAGGACUGCAUGGCUGGUGAUUCCUUGGUGUUCUACUUCUCAGGACACGGCGUAAGACAAUUUGAUUUUGAUAGCGAUGAGAGCGAUGGGUUCGAUGAAGCUAUCUGCCCUGUUGAUUUUGUGGAAGUAGGCACGAUCACAGAUGAUGAAAUUAAGUCUGCCAUUGUUAGGCCGCUCAAAAAGGGUGUUACGCUUAACGCAGUUGUGGAUGCUUGUCAUAGUGGAACUGUUCUUGAUCUGCCAUAUGUGUAUAACAGAAAAGCGAAAAAAUGGGAAAUCAGUAACCGUCUAUCUGAAGAUGAGAAACAUACAGAUCGUGGACUGGCAAUUUCAAUCGCUGCAUGUGAAGAUAGACAAGUUGCUGCAGAUACUUCUUCUUGCAUUGGAAAGUCAUCGAUAAAUGGUGGUGCCAUGACCAGCGUUUUGAUACAAAUUGUGAAGAAGAACCCUACAAUAACAUAUGGUAAACUGCUAGACUCCAUUCAUGAGGACAUUGAAGAGGCUAACAAAGAAGGAUGUCUUCCUGGGAUCUUAAAAAGAAUGCUGAAUAACUUUUUAUCACAGAAGCCUCAACUUUCUGCUUCUAAGGAGUUCAACGUUAACAGCAGAUUUCUUAUUUUGCAAUAAUACGCCACAGAUAUAUAUAUACACACACACACACACGCAUACAUGUAUGUAUAUAUUUUAUGGCCGAAGCCUGAAGAUCAUUUUGUACGAAGCGCCCUCGGAUCAAGUAUAGUAGAGGACAAAGAAAAGGAGUCAUGGGCGUGUUAAUGGGUUUGAUGAUUAAUCAUAAUAUGGGAUGAAGUUUAACUGUCUCCCUUAGUAUUUAA